CCGGGAACGACACAUGGGGCACUAAUUUGGCCGAAGACCCAAAGCUCUCAACCGCUGCCUAGAAGAAUCGGAGUCAAUGACACUAUAAGAUGAAGGCCGGCCUGACAGUUUGCUGACCUGGUGGGAAAAUGAUGCGGCAGGGCCGAGGAAUGCGACCUUGAGAGGUUCCAUGAUGGCGCUGUGAGCAGUUCCACUGGGUUUGGGUUGCUUCUGUCACAAUCCCGAACUCCUGCCAAGAGCUUGUGAGUCGUUACUGCGACAAUCAUGACGGCUGACAUAACUAGUCAAAAUUUGAACCCGUUCGCGGGGAAAUUGUCUUUCUUUCGGAUGAUUUCACCUGUCCGCCAGGACCUGGUUCUCAUACCAAAUGAAGCCUAUGCGUGUGUUCGCACUGGAUUCCAGGCGAAUGGGGCGACCUCUGGCUUCAUGGCAACAGCAACAACAAAGGAUGCUACCGGCUACACGGCGUGCAUGCUCAUCUCUUUCCGAUCGACUAUAUCGAGACUUGACCUCACGACAGCUCCCCUUGACUUUUGAUUAUAUACAUCCCCAGUCGUCUUAUCUCCUGAGCUUAACAUUGGCCGAUCUCCUUCCCACGCUAACCCCAGCGCCAAAUGAGCUUCCUUCCGCCCGCAGCACAUCUCGCAUGCCGGCAGGCCACCAUUUGGUCUACUUUCCUCCCCAAGUCACACUGUCGCAGUUACUGCCGGACGGUACAGAUACCUUACACGCCCCAGGAAGUCCCUUCAAUAGGCGGUUGUGGGCUGGGGGCAGUGUCAGAUUUGCGACUUCCAACGCCCUAACUCUCAAUGGCAGUCGAGCCGUUUGUAUCGAAACUAUUCGUGACGUGAUAGUAAAAGGCCGGCCAGGAGAGGAAAAGGUACUCGUCAGAAUUGAAAGACGCAUUGGCGCGGCCCCAGAGGGGGAAGACAAUCGCAGUAUCAGAGAGCGGAUAUGGAGGGAAACCGAGGGUGAAACUGGUCAAGCUUCCGUCAUCGAGAACAGGAGUCUGGUCUUUAUGCGCGAGAAAACCCCAGAGCAACUUAAUCAUGACAAGGCUAGCUUUGACAUGGAGACUAGGGCCAUCAGAUGUAAGCUGGGGUUGGCUGCCACUGGAAUCGAGUAUAGAAACAUAGCUCCUCUCUAUGUUGAAGAGGAGCUGACAGUUUGUGGCAAGCCCAAACCCGGCAGAGGCCACGCAGCGUGGGAUGUAUGGAUUGAGGGCAAGGACGGACGACUUGCCGUUCGAGGUACUGCCAAAACUAGCCCUGCAACUCUUACUGCACUUACAUUUUUACAGUCUGUAUUGGUCCAUGGUGGGCUUCUCAGUGGCUAUUAUGUGUUAUUUUUACCACACCUUGUCUUCAAGACUAUUCCUGAAAUAUGGAGGCUGUUUUCGCCUUUCAUGAUCACCGGGCCAGGCCUUUCCUUGAUUUUUGAUCUCUAUUUCAGUAUGGUACUGCGCUGCCGCCUGGAGACUGGAUCUCCUCGGUUCAGUGCACCGGGUGAAUUUUUCACCUAUGUUUUUUUCGUAGCUUUCACCAUCACGGUAAGUUCAUUGAUCCUGGCAUUUGUUUACACAUAUUCGCAAGACAACCGAGGUAAAAAGGCGAGCUUCUUUAUUGUCCAAAUACCCGUCGAGUUCUUACCGUGGGCGAUGCUCACUUUGACUCUGGUCAUCUCCGGAUGGCCUUCAGCGUUGAGCGACGGCAUGGGCAUAAUUGCCGCUCACUUGUACGAUUUCCUUACCCGUAUCUAUCCGACAUUCGGAGGUGGUAAGAAUUGCCUUGCCACCCCGGCAUUUGUGAGGCGAUUCUUUGCUGCCCACACACCGCGUCGUGAAGCGCGUGCCUUUGGAACUGCUUACCACCAUGCGAACGAUCAAGCCCGGAACUCCUCCAUAGGUUGGACUUCGUCUUUCCAGAGCUCAUGGAACCGGAGAGGCCCAGGGCGCAGACUUGGCGGUGGAUAACCAUGGGGGCGUCGAUACCAGAGGAUUGGCCACUUGACUGACUCCUGGGCGAGGACUGGGUAGGCAAGUCAUACUUGCCAUAAUCACAUUGAGAGCAAUGAAUGACCAGAGAAGUACGAUCGUCAACUUUUUGGGGAAGAUGCUUUUGGAGAUACCCGAGUGAAUAGUAGAAACGUAAAAUGCGAGAAGUCGUGUAGCGGUU